AUGUUAUUGAAUUUAGACGUAGGUGUAGCUGCCUCAGCAAUGCCACUUCUUUUAUCACCACUACAACCACCAUCACUAUUUGAAAGGGGCACCGAUACGGGUGGGAAACUAGGAAAUGAUUUAUCAAUACCAAGACGAUCACCAGCCAGGAUUCUGUUUAAAGAUUUGAAAUCAUUGCCCUCUCCAAUCUUCAAGAAUAGUCACCACUCAAGUCACAUUGAAUUAAACCAUUUCAUUACUAGUACUAAAUCAAUUUUUAAAAGACCAAAAGGCAUUGAAACAAAAGCUAGUAAAGGGAAGGGUGAAGAGCAAACAAACAACUUGCCAUUGUCACCCUUGUCAAUAGCUGAAUCUCGGAGCUCUAUUGAAGAAGAGGACGAUGAGGGUCAUUCGUUGUUUAGUGAUAGGAACCACAUUAAACGUUCUGUGUCAUCUAAUUCUGAUAGCGUUUCAGUAUACUCCUGCCCAGAGAAUGCUCAAGAUACGCUUCCUUCACUAAAAAUAGCUUCUGAGAAAGUGACAACAUCGAAAUACCAAGUCAAAACUGAGGUCAAGGGGAAGUAUUAUGAAGAAGAUGAUGAUGAUGAAGAUUGGGGGGAUUUUGAUAUGGAUGAAGAAGAGUUGGAUGCUAUAUUAGUUGACUUGAAUAGUGUCGAGAUAGUCAAGAUUGCUGAGGUUGUUACCUAUGAUAAAUCCAAACGCUUAUCGCUAAUAGAUAUGGGCGCAACACGGAAAUCGUAUUGUAAUGAUCAUCACCGGGGUAGUAGCAUUUAA